UUAACCCUCCAUCCCCCUUUUUAAUCCAAUUCCCCUUCUAGAUGCCCUUUCUUCCCUCCCUGCCCCCCCCCAUUCGGUUUACUCCACCGCCGCCACCUCCUCCUGCUCGUCUGUGUCUCCCUCCCAGGACGCGUCGGAUGAGCCGGGGCCGCCAGGGAAGAGCUCCAGGCAGCAGCAGGGAGGCUACGUCCUCCUCCUAUCUUGGGCUAUACACAUAUUUAAAAAAAAAAAAAAAAGCCGGUGGCCCUCGGUGUUAUUUUGUAUUAAAAUGAGGAGGAGGAGGAGGAAGAAGCAGCUCUGGCAGCAGCGGCAGCAGAAAGCAAUAGCGGAGAGGAAGGAACAGGAGCAAGGGACGGCGGCGGCAGCGGCAGGAGCAGGAGGAGGAGUGAUGAGUCAACUAAUAAUUUAAUGGGGACAGAGAGCGCGAGCGCGAGAGGGAGAGCGAGCAAGCAAGCGAACAAGCAACGUCCGGGGGACACACACACUCACACUCACAGCCCUGUAACAUCCAGCAACAACCACCAAACCGGCCUAACUAACAAUAAUAGCCAGCCGAGGGACAACAAGAAUUUUGAAAGCUCACAGGAUUUAUAUUAUUAUUAUUAUUAUUAUUAUUAUUAUUUUGGGUAACCUGAUUUCCCCUCUACACCCCCUCUCAUCUUCUCUCCCCAAACCUGCAUUUUGCCGAACUCUUCGGAAGUAUAUUUAUCAUUAUUAUUAUUUCAUUCUCUUCUCCCAAGUGAAGUGAUUUUUUUUUACUUUUGGUGGUGAGUCGGUGACUGUGUUUCCUUCCGCUCCCCCCUCCCUUCUCAAACGCAACCUCUCUGGAUUAAUGAGUAAGGAGAGGCUCUCCGCAUUAUUAUUAUUAUUAUUAUUAUUAUUAUUAUUAUUAAGAAAUGAACAGCAAGAGCGAUAGUGAAACUGAAUUUUAGUGCCUUUACUUGAACUUUUUAUAUCCUUUUAUGUUUUUGCUAUGCUUUUCUGUGGCGGGUUUAUGCAGAAAGUUUUAGGUUCAGUUUUUUUGGAGGGAGGAAGGAAUACCUUUAGUUGCAUUUUUGUGUCUGUGUGCUGUGGCUUGUUAGAAAAUAAUUGUAAGAGAAGAUCAAUAGAUUUUCUGUUUUCAGAAAUAUUAGACAGAAAAGCUGUUUCAUUUCCUCCCCCACUUCAUUCUCUUAUUUAUACUUAAAAAAAAGACAGACAGUCAUCCCUUGUCUCAAUUUUACUCUCCUUUUAUAAAUAGAAACUUUAUUAUUGUGAGCAUUACACUGAUCUGAUUUAUUUAUUUUUACUAAUUGGAAAGACUAUAUUUUCAGUCCAUUGAUUGGAACCUUUGCCCUCCUGUCUUCUUGCCACCCCCAGCCCACCUCUAUGGCUGCUAUGCUUGGCUUGUAUGUUUCCACUUUCCUGGAAAAAUAGAAUUUUGGGAGGGAAGUAUUCUUCAGGUUUCCUUUAUUUAUUUAUUUUAAAAGAAAGGACUUAGAAAAUAUCAGACUCUUCCUCUUCUUCAAGAGAUCGUUCUUCAAAGGAAAUUCCCUUUGUUUCUAUUAUUUAUAUGCUGUCAAGUUUUGAAGUGGUGAUCUUUAGAGGCGGGACUGAGUAUGGAUCAUUUGAACGAGACAACUCAGGGGAAAGAACAUUCAGAAAUGUCUAACAAUGUAAGCGAUCCGAAGGGUCCGCCAGCCAAAAUUGCCCGCUUGGAGCAGAAUGGGAGCCCAUUAGGAAGAGGAAGACUUGGAAGUACAGGAACUAAAAUGCAAGGAGUGCCUUUAAAACACUCUGGACAUCUGAUGAAAACACACACUAGAAAAGGAACCAUGCUUCCAGUUUUUUGUGUAGUGGAACAUUAUGAAAACUCCAUUGAAUAUGAUUGCAAGGAAGAGCAUGCAGAAUUUGUUUUGGUAAGGAAGGACAUGCUAUUCAACCAGCUGAUUGAAAUGGCAUUGCUAUCACUUGGGUAUUCUCAUAGCUCUGCUGCCCAAGCAAAAGGACUAAUCCAGGUUGGGAAAUGGAACCCAGUUCCUCUCUCCUAUGUGACAGAUGCCCCUGAUGCUACAGUAGCUGACAUGCUGCAGGAUGUUUAUCAUGUGGUCACACUGAAAAUCCAAUUGCACAGUUGCCCUAAACUAGAAGACUUGCCUCCUGAACAGUGGUCUCACACAACAGUAAGAAAUGCUCUGAAGGACUUACUGAAGGAUAUGAACCAGAGUUCAUUGGCCAAGGAAUGUCCCCUUUCACAGAGUAUGAUUUCUUCCAUUGUGAACAGCACUUACUAUGCAAAUGUCUCGGCAGCAAAAUGUCAGGAAUUUGGGAGGUGGUAUAAACAUUUCAAGAAGGCAAAAGAUAUGAUGGCCGAAAUGGAUAGCCUUUCUGAACUAUCCCAACAAGGUGCCAACCACGUCAACUUUGGACACCAACCAGUCCCAGGGAACACAGCUGAACAGCCUCCAUCCCCUGUUCAGCUUUCUCAUAGCAGUCAACCAUCUGUUCGGACCCCACUUCCAAACCUGCAUCCUGGACUUGUAUCUACUCCCAUUAGUCCUCAGUUGGUAAAUCAACAGCUGGUAAUGGCCCAAUUGUUAAACCAGCAGUAUGCAGUGAACAGACUUCUAGCCCAACAGUCCUUAAACCAACAGUACUUGAACCAUCCUCCUCCAGUCAGCAGAUCCAUGAACAAGCCGUUGGAGCAGCAGGUCUCAACUAAUACAGAGGUGUCUUCCGAAAUCUACCAGUGGGUGCGUGAUGAAUUGAAACGAGCAGGAAUCUCGCAGGCAGUUUUUGCACGUGUGGCAUUUAACAGAACUCAGGGCUUGCUCUCAGAAAUCCUGCGAAAGGAAGAGGAUCCCAAGACCGCUUCACAGUCUUUACUGGUAAACCUUCGGGCUAUGCAGAAUUUCUUGCAGCUGCCAGAAGCAGAAAGAGAUCGAAUAUACCAGGAUGAAAGAGAAAGAAGUUUGAAUGCAGCUUCUGCAAUGGGCCCCACACCACUUAUAAGCACACCGCCCAGUCGACCGACACAAGUAAAAACCACUGCUAUUCCUACAGAAAGGAAUGGAAAACCAGAAAACAAUACUAUGAACAUUAAUGCUUCCAUUUAUGAUGAGAUUCAACAGGAAAUGAAGAGAGCUAAAGUGUCUCAAGCAUUAUUUGCAAAGGUUGCAGCAACUAAAAGCCAGGGAUGGCUCUGUGAACUCUUACGCUGGAAAGAAGAUCCCUCACCUGAGAAUAGAACCCUGUGGGAGAACCUGUCAAUGAUCCGGAGGUUCCUCAGUCUUCCUCAACCUGAACGAGAUGCCAUUUAUGAACAAGAAAGCAAUGCAGUUCAUCACCAUGGCGACAGGCCUUCCCACAUUAUCCAUGUUCCAGCAGAGCAGAUUCAGAGCCCCUCUCCCACCACCAUUGGGAAAGGAGAGCAUAGAGGCGCUUUCUUACCUGGCCUGCUGACCACUGGACCUUGGCUGGGUGCUGCUCCCCAGCAGCAGCAGCAACAACAGCAGCAACAGCAGCAGCAACAGCAGCAGCAACAACAGCCACCCCCUCCAGGGCCCAGACUACCCCCAAGACAGCCAACAGUAGCAUCACCAGCUGAAUCUGAGGAUGAAAAUCGUCAGAAGACCCGUCCACGAACAAAGAUUUCUGUGGAAGCCCUGGGCAUCCUGCAGAGUUUUAUACAAGAUGUAGGUCUAUAUCCAGAUGAAGAAGCAAUCCAGACUCUUUCAGCUCAGCUUGAUCUUCCCAAAUACACCAUUAUCAAGUUCUUUCAGAACCAGCGAUAUUAUGUCAAGCACCAUGGAAAGCUGAAAGACAACUCAGGCUUGGAGGUGGAUGUUGCAGAAUAUAAGGAGGAAGAGCUGCUUAAGGAUUUGGAAGAGGGUGUACAAGACAAAAGUACGAACACACUUUUUUCAGUUAAAUUAGAAGAAGAGUUAUCAGUAGAAGGGAACACUGACAUUAAUAACGAGUUGAAAGACUGACUGAAAAAGUAUUUAUUUAACAGUGUCACUGCUAUUUACUAAUGAAAUGAAAAUUCCAUCCUGUGUUCUGUCAGCAACCUCUUUAUUCAUUGUUUGGCCAAUGAAUCUUCCAAAACUUGCACAAAAGUUGAGAAAAUUAAAAGAUAAUACAGACUGCACUAGAUAUUUUACAAACUGCUUCAGAGCUACAGAUGAAACAUUGAGGAUUGUUUCAUAUUAAUUUGUGUUCACUGGGUACACCAAGAUGUAUCCAAUAAGCAUGAUAUCUGUGGGUUGCUUUUUAUUAUUGUUAUUAUUGUUAUUAUUCUAGAGCUUUCAGACAAGCAUUACUUUUGUGAUUUAUUGUUUUUGUUUUCAUUUCUUUUCCUGGUUAUUACUGUUUAACACUCCACACUUGAUCUUUGAAAGCUCAUGUUUAUUUAAAUAAUAGAAAAAAGAAGAAGAGUUUGUUACUCUUGCUCUAUUGUAUGUUACAAAAGAACUAUAGACUGUGGGAUGCAGUUUAAAGUUAACAUAUGCCAACAAAUGCCUUGUAUUAUAUGGCACUGCCGUAACUCAGAUUUGUUUUCUUUUCAGAAAUAAGAGGUCACUGUAUCUUUUCAUUCUCAUUGUUACCUGAUUUUUUGAAAACAAAAUGUGAAACACUGUUUAUCCCCAUUAUUUAUUUGUAGAUCCUACAGCAUCAUGUUGUAAUUAAUUUUUAGAAGUUUCCGUUAAAUGUAAUAUUGCUUCUCUUGUUAUCAUACUGAUUUUUUUUCUAUUUAUAAAUGUAUUUUGAUGGGCAGUAAAACAAAGUGUCUUAAAAGUUUUAAAUAGAGAAAAUGUGCUUUACACAGUUGCCUAUAAAAAGUGCUCUAUGUUAUCCAAGCAAUUCAUACUAUAAGCUUCACUCUUAUUGUUGUAUGCAAUUUUUACUAUCAUGCAAAUAAGCUUAGGUAAAUAAAACUAAUAGAUCACCUUAGAAACUUAUGCAAUUAAUGUGAAAAUAAUUGAUGUUUGCAAUGUGUCUUCCUUUGGUUUACAAUCAAUUUUAAAGCUACAGCUGUAUAAAUUUUCUGUAUUUCUUUUUUAUGAGUUUAUUGCUAUGAAAACACCAGUUAUUUUGUUACAGCUGGCUGUUUUUAUAAGUGUAUCACAAUUUUCUUUAUGCAGAAAUGUUCUGACUAGGAGUGGUUAUUGAC